GCUAAACGAUAAUUUUAAAGAUUUUGCUAUUCAAUAAGUACUUUCUUAUCGAUAUUCGAUAAGUGAAAAUCAGCUGUUUCGUUAACGAUUCGUUUAUGGUUAAGUUAUCGACAUCUCAUUUGGUGUUGUUAAGUUUGUGUUAACCAAACGAAUUUGCGCGCAAGUAAAUCAAAGUGAAUUUAUAUAAAAGAAAUGGCGUUUGAAUACGUGGCGUAUAGUUUACACCGAAACUAUGGAGUCAGAAAUACCCCCACAGUGGAUCGGCGUUUGCUCCGGGACAUUCACGAUCCAUUUGAGCUGGCGCCUUCCGAGUUUCGGAAGCUAUAUCGUGUGGGCCCAGAGACUGCAAUGGAGCUCAUCCAGCGGCUGGAAAUCCAAUUGAAAGGUAAAAGGAUUACCUCAAUAUCGGCGGAAAAACAGAUAAAUCUUCAAAUAAUGAGAGCAUGCAAUUUUGGAUAUGUAGUAUGUAUACAAUAAUUUCCUGAGUACGGUUUAGUUAUCUGUACAAUGAUGCCCAAACGCGUGACUCGAAUGUAAAAAGUUUAACAUACGCGUGUAUUCCAAGGAUUAAAAUUUAAUUUAAAACAAAGAUUUCAAAUUUCCAAGCACUAGUUUAUUAAUAAAACCGGUUUUAAUUAUGGACUUUUUUGUAAGUUUCGAUGUGGCUUCCAUGUUGAAAUGCUAAUGGGGUGAACCCAUUUUCAAAUGGGCCCUGUAGUCUGUAGAGGGGUCAGAGAGGGGAGUUUUGACUGCUCUUUCUAACGGGUAUGGUUUUAGGUGUCACACCCUCUCCCCCUCCGCUCCGCACCACAUAAUCAUUGUACAAAUAACUAAACAUUUCCCAAAUAAUCUUUUAUCUUUGAAGGUUUUGUGUACACUACGCUUCUAUGCCACAGGAUGCUGCCAACGGCCUGUAGGGGAACAGUGGGGCAUAUCGAUGAGCCAAUCCUCUACAAGCCGUUGUAUACAUCGCGUAACUGAUGCCAUAAACAGUGGACUAUUUUUUGAGGAGGUUAAGUUCCCUAUGACGCAGGUGGACCGUCAAGCUGCCAAGGAAGUGUUUGCACCUGCGCCUUUCGUUGGAGGAACUAUUGGAGCGGUAGACUGCACGCAUGUUUCUAUUUUGGGUCCUAAAACUCAUGAGGAAGCAUACGUGAACCAUCAUGGCUAUCACUCGAUAAAUGUUCAAAUGAUAUGUGACCCAAAUUUAAAAAUACUCAUCGUCAAUGCUAGGUUUCCGGGAGCACGACAUGACUCUUACAUUUGGAGUUCCUGUCCAGUGCGGCGAGUCAUGCAGAGAGCUUUUGACAAUGGAAACCGCAACAUGCUUUUGAUUGGUAUUCUUUUUAAUUUACUUUAAAAUGUACAUAAUUUAAAAUUAAGUUCC